AUGUCUGGUGUUGCUCUCACUCCAGAAAUAGCUUUGUUGAAUCGGAACAGUUUCCCACCUGGCUUCAUCCUUGGUACAACAUCCUCAGCGUAUCAGUAUGAAGGUGCAGCAAAUGAAGGUGGUAGAGGACCAAGUAUUUGGGAUACCUUCACUCAUAAAUUUUCAGAUAGGAUUGAGGACAGAAACAAUGGAGAUGUUGCCGUUGAUUCUUAUCAUCACUACAAGGUAUUGCCGAUUCAAAGUUUUUUCUUCUUAUGUAGUUUAUCAGUUGUCAUUACUAAUGAAAAGAAGAUGUUGAUUGUGAAGAAUAUGAAUUUGGAUGCUUACAGAUUUUCCAUAUCUUGGUCUAGAAUAGUUCCGAAUGGAAAGCUAAGUGGAGGUAUAAAUCAAGAAGGAAUACACAAUUAUAACAACCUUAUCAAUGAGCUAGUGGCGAAUGGUUUACAACCAUUUGUGACUCUUUUUCAUUGGGAUCUUCCUCAAGCUUUAGAAGAUAUAUAUGGUGGCUUUUUAAGUCCUCGCAUUGUGAAAGAUUUUCAGGACUAUGCAGAGCUUUGCUUCAAGGAAUUUGGAGAUAGAGUAAAAAAUUGGAUAACUUUGAAUGAGCCAUGGAGUUUCAGCCACAAGGGUUAUGCAACAGGGACAAUGGGACCAGGUCGAUGUUCUUCUUGGUCCAAUCCUAAUUGCUAUGGUGGUGAUUCUGGGACAGAACCCUAUUUGGUCACGCAUCACCAACUUCUUGCUCAUGCAGCAGCUGUAAAUUUGUACAAAACUAAGUACCAGCAGACAUUUCAGAAUGGUGUGAUAGGCAUAGCACUGUAUUCUAUUUGGUACGAGCCACUCUCGAAAAGCAAACUUGAUCGAAAGGCUACUGAACGAGCUAUUGACUUCUUGUUUGGAUGGGUAAUUGUGCCUGAUGGAAAGCCUAUUGGUUUAAAUGUAGGUUGCUUCAGAUUGGUUGUAUGUUUAUCCAAGAGGAUUUCGUGA